CGCAAAAAAGAAAAAAAAAAUCCUCUUUCCGAUCUCCUCCGAGCUAAUCACUCCCUCGGCCACCGCCAGCCCAAGACUUCACCGGAGCGCGCCACCGCCGCCGCCGCCGCUCGCAUCCAUCCAUCCGAUGGACACCGUCGGCGCCCGCCUGAGCCGCUCCUCCACGCGCUACGGCCCCGUCGGCAACACCGCCUCGUCCUUCAGCGGGCCCGUCAGGAAGUGGCGCAAGGCCUGGGUCCCCAUCGCCGGCGGAGGGGCGGGCUUCGCCGGGAUGAUGGGGCCCAUGGGGGUCUCCAGGGGUAACAAGGUGGUGCUCUUCAGGUGGGCGCCGGUGAACGGCGGCGCGGCCGGUGGUGACGGCGACGAGGCGGCGGCCACCAGGCGGCGCUUCGUUCCGGCUUCCGGCGUGGCACAAAAUUCUUCCAAGAAGAGCGGCAGCACCGAGCUGAAUUUGAACCUUGGCUUGGAAGACCCAGAUGAUGACAGUGAUGCUGAUUUGAGCACGGACGAGCAACGAGACGGUGUCAGUAACCUACGCUCAGAAAGCAGACUGAAGAGGAAAGCUUUCUAGCUCUGAACGCCUUCAGGAUGAGAACUUAUUCGGCCAUGUGAGGCCACUCAUGUAAUCUUAUUAGCUUCCAUCUCCUAGUAGCCCCUAGCUUGUAUUAGCCAUUAGCAUUUGUGUAUUAGCAUUAGUCAGUUGUAGUCUUAAGCAUCCUGUGCCAGUGUGCUGCCCCCUCCUAUCUUGAGCUGAUGAUGUAGCUUACAUGUUGUUGCAGCAAGUGUUAAUGCGUGAGCUUGUCAGUUUGGAAUUAGGGUUUGUAACCUGAUGCAAAUAGCAGCCUUUGCGCAAGUGUUAUCCUGUU